AUGAAAUUGAAACCUGUCUCAUAUUCUAUGAUAACGAGUGUUCGAACGCUCCCACCAGGAGGUCUUUUUCUUUUCAUAACGAUUUCUGUACGUUUUCCUGGUCUCCGUAUCUAUCUCAAACGGUCUCUUUUGACUGCUUCUCCAGCAAAUUUCUAUUUCUCCUUUGACUUUUUCUUGCUCCAUUUUUCGACGUUUCCAUACUUUUCAGAAAAAGGAACACAUUUGAAACCUUCUUAUAUUCUCAAUACAGUUUUCUUCAUUCCUCCUUAUUCUUUUUCUUUCUUUUUUUUUCUUUUAGCAAUUCUCUUUCCUUUUUUUUUUUUUAUUUCUACCUUCGGUUCAUAUAUUCUGUUUCGUCUUGUUUUUAAAAUUUAUUUAUUCAUUCCCUCUCAUCCCACCUAUCUUCUAUCUUUCAUUUCUUCGAUUUUUCGUUCUUUUUUUUUCUUUCCGAUAUUCUAUUUCUCCUUUUCUAUCUCUUUUCCUUCUCACCCAUUCUUUUUUAUCUCUUCUUCUUCUUCUUUUUCUUCUUCUUCUUCUUCUUCUUCUAAUUAUUAUUAUUAUUAUUAUUAUUAUUAUUAUUAUUAUUAUUAUUAUUGUUGUUCAUUCACCAUUCUUCCACUUCUCAUUAUAAUAUCGCCUCCCUACUCUCCCUCCAACCACUUUUUUCUUUCUCCUCUUAUCGCCCCUUUCCUUCACACACUCUCUCUCCACACCCAAAUCUUUCUCCUUCAUCUUAUAAUAACGACCCUUUCUUUUCCCCCCUACUUUCUACCUCCUCUAACACUUCUUUCUUCUCUUAUCUUCCCCCCUCUUUUUGCCUUAAUCUUUCUCACCUCAAUUUUUUCUCUCUCAUCUUACAAUAACGACUCUCUCCAAUACUGUUCUUUUUCUUUCUUCCCCCAAUACUUUCUUUCUUUUUUUUAUCUCCCGUCUCAGUUUCCCCUUACUCUCUCUCUCUCUCUUCUCAUAACGCACCACACGUUUUUAUUACUUUCUGUCUCCCCCACCCACCACUUAAUUCGCUCUCCUCUUAUUUCCUUUUUCUAUAUUUCUCUUCUUUUCUUAAUUCUUUCUCCCUUCUCUUUCCUUUCGCUUUUCCUUUCUUGUUCUCUCUUUCCCUCCGUAAUUAUUUCUCCACUCUCUUUUUUACUUACCUUUUUUACUCCCUUCUUCCAAUCCAUCUCUCUUAUCUCCGCUGUUUUUCCUUAUUUUCUCUCUUCUUACCAACUUCUUUCUAUAUCCUCUUAUCAUUACUCACAUUUUCCUUUUUUCCCUCUUUCUUUCCCACUCCCUCCACUCACCAUUUCUUUCAGCUAA